CUGGGCAUGGCAACCUUCAACUACACUGGUACCAGCCACUCACUCUUUAUUCUGCUGGGCAUCCCUGGCCUGGAAGACCAGCACACAUGGAUCUCUCUUCCCUUCUUUGUUUCCUACCUUGUUGCCUUCCUUGGAAAUAGUCUCCUCAUCUUUGUCAUCAUCACUGAACGCAGCCUCCAUGAACCCAUGUACCUCUUUGUCUGCAUGCUGGCUAUGGCUGACCUCAUCCUGUCCACUACCACUGUGCCCAAGGCUCUGGCCAUAUUCUGGUUUCAUGCUGGAGCAAUCUCCCUUGAUGGCUGCGUCACCCAGAUCUUCUUCAUCCAUGCCACUUUCAUCGCUGAGUCAGGAAUUCUGUUGGCAAUGGCAUUUGACCGCUAUGUGGCCAUCUGUAAUCCUCUGCACUAUAGCACAGUUCUCAGUCAUGCAGUAAUCCUAAGGAUAGGCGUGGCUGUGGUCCUGAGGAGCUUCUGUGUGAUACUCCCUGAUGUGUUUCUGGUGAAGCGACUACCUUUUUGCCAUAGCAAUCUGCUGCCACACACCUUCUGUGAGCACAUGGCUGUGGCCAAGUUUGCUUGUGCUGAUGUUCGUGUCAAUGUUUGGUAUGGGUUAUCUGUUCUUCUCUCUACAGUAGUGCUCGAUGCCUUGUUCAUUUUAGUUUCCUACAGCCUCAUUCUCUAUGCAGUCUUCCACCUCCGCUCCCGAGGAGCUCGACAAAAGGCUUUGGGUACAUGUGGCUCCCACCUUGGGGUCAUUUCCAUGUUCUACUUGCCUGGCAUUUUUACCAUAAUUACCCAGAGAUUUGGGCAUCAUGUGCCUCUCCAUACUCACAUUUUACUGGCCAAUGUCUGCAUUUUGGCCCCUCCCAUGUUGAAUCCUAUUAUUUAUGGAAUUAAGACCAAGCAGAUUCGAGAGCGAGUGCUCAGUGCUUUGUCUUCACAGUGGAAAUAAUGAUGAGUCUGACCAGUCAGGUGGU